UUUAAGCGGCCGGAGCUGGUGGUUAGGGAGCGAGUGAGCGAGAUGGCAAGGUCUAUCCCCAUUACCGCCGCCUCCUCCGCCACCUCCUCUUUGCUCUCCGACUUCGCACACCGCCCUCGAUUCCGCCUCUCCUCCGAGCCUUCUCGCCGGCUCGCCCUCCUCCAGCUUGGCAGCGCUUUAACACAGCCAAAUUUGCUUGGAAUAAAAACCUCUAAGUUGAUUAGAGCAGAAGGAACUGCACAAGCAAGCACUCGUGCUAGCGGAGAAGGUGCCUUAGAGUGGGCAAAAAAGGAUAACCGGAGGCUGCUUCAUGUUGUUUAUCGUGUUGGAGACUUGGAUAAGACAAUAAAUUUCUACACAGAGUGCUUGGGAAUGAAGUUGCUAAGGAAACGCGAUAUACCUGACGAAAAAUACUCAAAUGCCUUCCUUGGAUAUGGGCCUGAGGACUCACAUUUUGCUGUUGAACUCACUUACAACUAUGGGGUCAACAAAUAUGAUAUAGGAACUGGCUUUGGUCAUUUUGGCAUCGCAGUGGAGGAUGUGUCCAAGACAGUGGAGCUUAUAAGAGCCAAAGGAGGAAAGGUGACUAGGGAACCUGGUCCUGUAAAAGGUGGUAGUACUGUGAUUGCUUUUAUUGAAGACCCUGAUGGUUAUAAGUUUGAAAUUUUGGAAAGGGGUGCUACACCAGAGCCCUUGUGUCAAGUAAUGCUCCGUGUAGGAGAUCUUGAUCGAUCCAUAAAUUUCUACGAGAAGGCUUUUGGAAUGGAGCUUCUACGCAAACGUGAGAAUCCCCAGUACAAGUACACAAUAGCAAUGAUGGGGUAUGGUCCUGAAGAUAAAAAUGCAGUUUUAGAGUUGACCUACAACUAUGGAGUUAAAGAGUAUGAUAAAGGAAAUGCCUAUGCACAGAUUGCUAUUGGCACAGAUGAUGUUUAUAGAACUGCAGAAGCGGUAAAAUUACUUGGUGGAAAGAUCACCCGUGAACCUGGGCCCUUACCUGGCAUCAACACCAAGAUUACUGCCUGCUUAGAUCCUGAUGGCUGGAAAACGGUGUUUGUUGACAAUGUAGACUUUGCCAAAGAACUGGAGUGACCGGCCAUCAUAGACGACCCUCUUUCUCCCAAGUAUAUAUUCCAGAGAUCUUUAUAACACACCACUACCUUCCUCGUCCUCAAAUUUUAUAUAGAUAAGCCAUUUCACCUCCCAUUAUAAAUGGUUAUCGGGCAUCAAUUGUUCGGUUAUAGCUUGAUAUAUGGAUUGUAAGAUAUUCCUUGUUGAGUUCUUUGUUUUUUCGAUUAUAAUGAUCUUGCCUAAAUUCCUGUUCAGCUCAAGUUCAAUUUUAUCAUCCAA